CGUACAAAGUGAUUGGUACCGUAAAAUGAAGGUUGAAAUACUUGCAUGCAUGAAUACUAGCUGGUUGCUUGCAGAUUUGUUUGACUUGAAGCCUCGAGAUGACCGCAAUGCAUGCCGGCAUUGAUUGUGCUUCGUGGUGCGAAGCACAUGUUCACGAUUUAGAAGACCAUAUUAAACGCUGUCAUAACAAUGCUUUUGCUCGGUACGACACCCCAGGUCUACGUGAAAGGGUAUAUUCUAGGAAGCAGUUAGUUGUAUAUGGUUUCUUUCCGCUACAAAUUCCAGAGCGAAGCGGAAUUGAGCGGGAUACAAAAGUGAAAUUCGAUACUCAAUUCUCGUGAGGGUAGGAUAAUAUUAUUAUAUUAACAAUUCGGAAACCUUCUACGUCUAUUGUGGACCUUUUGACUUCAAAUGGGGAGAAAAAUCACUGAUAAAAGCUGUAGCUGUCUAAUUGACGAUGGAACGAACGACGAAUUGGUUUGCUACGGAUAUGAGGGAAAUAUUAUCAAGAUUAUUCUUUAUUAUUUGAUGGUCCUGUGUUCUGGCGGUUUCCUGGUACUUGUUUCAUACUGGAGGCCUGACUGGAAACUAAAGCUUACAUCAUCUCCCUGUCCUCUUCACAAAGCUAAAUAUGUCCUUCUCAAGACUAUCCAUCACACCUGGAAUGUAGAAAGAGUUAUGCAAGAGAGAGAAGCCAGCCUUUCCACAGAUGACGAUGGAAACAGGGUUUACCAGUUCCAAAUUGAAGGGAAUAAGAACAAAUCUGCUGACUUAGAUAAACAGAAAUACAGGGAGGAGUCUACAAAACUUCUGAGUUACUGGUCAGAGUCGAAACAUCAAAGUUGUAGGGUAUCACGCUAUUUCAUCCAUCGCCAUUUGAAAUACAUGUGGCAUGCUGACGAGGGUGUAUUCAAAUUGCUUAGAGCUUUGGAUCAAGAAAAGACCAUCAAUCAAAUUUAUGAACAUGCCCCUGGACUCUCAGUACACAUAGCACAAGAGAGGCUGCAACUUUAUGGCUCCAACCUCAUUGAUGUUGCUGUCAAGUCGUAUGGGAGGCUUUUCCUCGAACAGUCAAUGAAUCCAUUCUACAUCUUCCAGCUCUUCAGUAUUCUGCUGUGGUGCACCAAUGAUUACUACUACUAUGCAUCUGCCAUUUUUAUCAUGUCUUUGGGCUCCAUCAUCAUCACUAUCAGGCAAACCAAGCAGCACCUUGUAGCAUUGAGGGAUAUGGUUGCUCAUGCUGAUGUUGUCACUGUGCUCAGAAAUAAAGGAGUGCCUGAGGAGAUACUGUCGACAGACCUUGUACCAGGAGACGUGGUGGUUAUCCCUCCCCAGGGAACCACAAUGCACUGUGAUGCCGCCCUAAUUAGCGGCAAUUGUAUUGUCAAUGAGAGUAUGCUCACAGGUGAAAGUGUCCCAGUCACCAAGAUACCCCUCCCCCACCACACCCCGACCGGUCCCCCACAAGAGCAGAAGGCAGAGGUGUAUAGUCCAAUUGUGCACAAGCGGCACACUCUAUUCAACGGCACUAAAGUGAUCCAGACCAGGUACUACGGCAAUGCAAAAGUGCUGGCAGUUGUCAUUCGCACAGGUUUCUUCACAACAAAAGGGAGGUUGAUCCGUUCUAUCCUCAAUCCUCGUCCAGUUGAGUUCCAGUUCUUCAAGGAUUCAAUGAGAUUCAUAAGCAUGCUUGCAGUGCUUGCAUCCGUAGGAUUUGCAUACAGUGUGUAUGUAUUUGUACAGCAAGGGGCCAAAAUUGGUGUUAUUAUUGAGAAAUCUCUUGAUGUGAUCACCAUCGCAGUGCCACCAGCUCUACCGGCAGCUAUGUCCAUUGGCAUGGUGUAUGCAUUGCAGAGGUUAAAAAAGCAGUACAUUUACUGUAUCCAACCCUCAAGAAUCAACAUGUGUGGCAAAUUAAAGCUGUUUUGCUUUGACAAGACUGGCACUUUGACAGAAGAUGGUUUAGAUCUUCUUGGUGUUGUAAGAGUCGAGGAUGCACGGUUCGAAAUGAUCGUUAAGGAUGCGACCAUUCUGCCGCAAGGGCCCAUGCUUUUUGCCAUGGCAACUUGUCAUUCCCUGACAAUGAUUGACAAUGAGCUGACAGGCGACCCGUUGGAUAUUAAGAUGUUUGAGGCUACAGGAUGGGUCUUUGAUGAGCCAGGGGAAGACAACAAGAAGUUUGACACAAUCGCGCCUUCAACUGUCCGACCAAAGACUAGGGAAAUGACUGAUAACCAGGUGCCGCUCGAGGUAGGAAUUAUCCGUCAGUUCCCUUUUUCGUCAGAUGUUCAGCGUAUGACGGUAAUUACCCGUAUUUUGGGGUCUGAUCACAUGGACGUGUAUGUCAAGGGCGCACCAGAAGUCAUCGCUUCACUAUGCAGGCCUGAGACAGUGCCGGCCAACUUCCAAGAAGAGCUUGAGAUGUACACAAAGGAAGGCUACAGGGUGCUGGGCGUGGCAUACGGAGCUUUAGGCAGCAAGGUCACCUGGCACCAGGCGCAGCGAGCCAAGCGUGACGUCAUCGAGAAAGACCUCAUCUUCAGUGGUCUGCUCGUCCUGCAGAACGCCCUCAAACCCGAGUCAGCGGCAGUCAUCAAAGGACUGCAAGAAGCCAGCAUUCGAACUGUCAUGGUAACAGGUGACAACAUGCUCACUGCAGUGAGCGUAGGCCGAGAGUGCGGGAUGGUCGGCGUUAACGAGAAGGUCAUCCUAGCGGAGCUUGAAAAGCAAGGCAAUGUGGACAAGAUUCGUUGGAGCGUCUUGCCAGGAAACAAGAAGAGUGGCCCAUCACUGAAUGACGUGCUAAUUGAAAUCCCAGGGUACCACCACCCCUACCACAUCGCCGUGUCUGGCAAGACGUUUGCGUACAUAAGAGAGAACGAACCACAGCUUAUGAAAAGGCUGCUAGUGUGUGGCACCGUGUUCGCAAGAAUGUCUCCGGAGCAGAAGACCCAUCUCGUGGAGGAACUACAGUCAAUCGGCUACUCGGUGGGGAUGUGUGGCGAUGGUGCCAACGAUUGUGGGGCGCUCAAGGCGGCUUACGCUGGCAUAUCUCUCUCAGAGGCUGAAGCGUCCAUUGCCUCUCCUUUCACCUCCAAGAUACCAAACAUUGAGUGCGUCCCCAAAGUUAUCAAGGAAGGCCGUUGUGCUCUUGUAACGUCUUUCGCGUGUUUCAAGUACAUGGCCCUGUACAGUAUCGUUCAGUUUGUCUCAGUAUUGAUCCUAUACUCGAUCGGGUCUAACCUGAGUGACUUCCAGUUCCUGUACAUCGAUCUCGUCAUCAUUACCAGCCUUGCACUUGUCAUGGGAUACCAGCACCCCUACCCCAUCCUUGUGUCGCGCCGCCCUGGCGGUAGUCUAGUGGCCCCCAUCGUGCUAGUCUCGCUAAUCUCACAGAUCGUCAUCCAGAUCACUGUUCAAGUAUCCGGAUUUGUCUACGUCAAGCAGCAGUCAUGGUACGUGCCUGUCAAUAUGUCCAUGCUGCACCAGGGAGGUAAAGACGUUCAGCAGGAGUGUCAUGACAACACCGUCAUCUUCACGCUGUCUUCUUUCCAGUACAUUAUACUAGCUGUCGCAUUCGCGCGCGGCAAGCCGUACCGUCUACCCAUCUACCGGAAUCCGUGGUUCUUGGGAGUCCUAGCGGCGCUUUCCGCCUUCACUUUAUUCCUUGUUCUGUUUGGUAAACCGAAUGGACUUCAUAAAUUUUUCGAGCUUGAGAUCCUCCCAAGCAUGAGCUAUCGCUGGAUACUCGUAGGGAUAGCGUUCCUCAAUUUCGGAAUAUCUCUAUUUGUAGAGGAUUUGAUCGUUCCCGCACGAUGCACUAGGACCUUACUUAACAAGCUUCGGCGCAAGAAAGGCCCUAAGAACCCUUACAAAAAGAUACAGAAAGACAUCAAAAGCGAUCCUCAUUGGCCACCAGAUGCUGAGAACAGAUAGCGAGCCUUCGGUUUAAACAGGGCGGGGUACGGACUAGAGACGCAAAUGCAAUUCACGCUACAGUGUUUGUUUCGCUCGUAAAUUCCGGAAUUAAACUUCCUUUUGUGUUUUUAGAAAUAUCUUUACCAGAACACUUUUACACAUACAUUUGUGCCAAAUUUCAAUUUUAGGUCUCUAUAAUGAACUUAUUUUAUCGAGAAACUUGUUCGUGAUAACGUGAAGCGAGGCCCUUCAGCCGAUCAGAGCGCAGGGGUCGCGCUAAUGAUAUGGAGUUAUAUGCCCAGUCCUCCCAGGUAUUAUAAGUUUCUCACUUGCGAUGAGGUGAGACUUUUCUAUGUUUGUAGAUAUUUGUCAAACACAAAAGUGUUACGUAUGUAUAUAAUCAAUAGACCAAGAAAUUGCACUAGAUAGAACGGUAUCUUGCAUGGGCAGCGGGCGAGUUUUCGUCUCUGUUAUGCAAAAAAAAAAUGUGUCGUCUACACUCUGUUUUUUUAUAAGAACGUCUAAUUUCAGCUAAGACUGGGUCGUUUGUUUUUUGAGUGUAUAUAAACAUAAUAGUACUGGUUAAAUUAUUCAAAGUGAAUUACACAGAUGAUCAAUAGAAAA